UGGCCGCUAGGUGUAGCCUUCAGCCUGGAGGAGAAGGGCAAGGCGAGCAGGCCGGCGGCUUCUUCUUCUGCUAGGCCCCGUGGAAGCGGGGCGGGGAGGCUUCGCCGUGGCGCCAUUCGCUCCGAGCCAGCCGGGUCGAAGUGUGUCGCAGGGGGCGGGGGAGGAGGUAGGACGCAGCUGCCGCGGAGGCUGCUAAGUGAAGCAAAGUGUCCGGUGAGGGUUUCCUCAUCGGAGGUGCCUGCUUUAUGCUCCUUUUUGUGUCACUGAAGGAAUUGGAGGAGGAGAAAAAGGGAAGAAAAGAUGACUAUGACUUUGAUCCGCAACAGGCUGGGGCUGCUGGUCUUAGGAGUCCUUGUCACCUUCGUCCUCUACCUGUUGCUGCCGGCAAUCCAGCAUGAGAGAUUCACAUCCUCGGUAGACAUCCCCAAGCCACGGGCUAUGGAGGAAGAAAUGAAUAAGGGUCAAGGCACGGGCAACAUCACCAUCUUGACAGGGACAGUCCUGCAAAAUCCCUCUGUUUUCUUUAGAGAAGCUGUACAGGUACAGAAAGAUGGGCCACCCUUCACUGAAAGGUUGGCAGUGAUCUUCCUGCAUGGUCAGUCCUUCAAUUCCAAAAAAUGGGAAGAAUUGGGGACACUAGCUUUACUUUCUGAGAAUGGAUAUCGUGCAAUAGCCAUUGAUUUGCCUGGCUAUGGGGAGUCCCCAAGCUCCAGCACUGUUGAGACAGCACAAGGCCGUGUUGCUUUCCUGCAGCAAGUCUUCAAGGAGUUGGGACUCCAGCAGCCUGUUUUGAUAAGCUCUUCCAUGAGUGGUCGCUAUUCUAUUCCCUUCCUUCUGGCUAGUGGGGAGCAGCUGAAGGGCUUUGUGCCCAUUGCACCUGUAGGCACCAAGGACUUCACUACUCAGCAGUAUCAGCAGGUCAAGAUUCCAACGUUGAUUAUCUAUGGAGAGCGUGAUACUGGCUUGGGCACUCAGUCUCUUCAGAGCCUUCAACAGAUUCCCAAAUCCAGAGUUGUCAUGCUCCUUGGAGCUGGCCAUGCCUGUUACCUUGAUAAGCCUCAGGAGUUCCACAAAGCACUCCUGAACUUCCUCGGUGAGCUGAAGUGAUUGUGGUACUCUGUAUAUCUGCCCUGCCCAUCUCUUCCUGGGAAAGAAUUAAGACUGAACCUUUGCCAUGUUGCUGGGGUGCUGUGUGUUUGAAUCUGUUUCUCCAUAUUUAAAAGGGCUGUAGGACUUGCUGACUGUUGACAGGGAAUUGCUUCUCCCUGCUUGCUCUUGAGGCUGCUUUUGUUACGACUGCUCCAGGCUUGACUGUCUGAAUCCUGCAGAAAUAUUGGAACAAGGCUAUAUGGAGCAAAGUGACACCGUUUUCAAGCUAUUUGUUGUGACUGUGCCUGGAGAACUUGACCUACACAUCUCUGUCAGCCUCUUGCCCCAUUUUUAAGAACUGAUCCCUCUGGACAAUGGUGCAACUUCAGCACCAGUUUCUUCUUUCAGGAGCGCAAGCAGCCCAUGUUACAUCGAGGCCGCACUUCUCCAUCAUCAGCUGACUACUUCAACUGGUGUGUACACUCCUGCUUUAAGGAUUGAGUGUUUUCUACGUGUAUGUUGUUUUACUGCUCUCCUCUUUCUUGGAAGGGAUCUCCUCAAACUUGCCCAUCAGUGGAAGGCAACUAAGUGGGUUGCCGUGCUGAAUUGUGGCACCCCAAUAAGAUGAAGAGAGUGUGUGUCCUUGUUUGGAAGAUCUGAACAGGAACAAACCACAGAAAACACUAAUAUAUAUGAAAUUGGCCAGGAGGCCUUUGAGGGACUUGGGGAAAUUCUUUUUCUUUCUUUUUUUCCUUCUUUUCUUUUCUUUUCUUUUAUUUGGAAAAAGCACUAUGUUUAAAUGUCUGUUCCAUUUAACUUUUGGUGAUAAUUGUGAUGCCUUAGGAACCCAGCUGUAACAUGUUGGCUGGUUGUGGGUGAUUUUGUUUUGUUACUGUUACAUAGAUGAUCACCCAAGAAAGAGGAGGUGCGGGAUAGAGGGGAAAUGAUGCUACAAGGUUUUCAGGGAAUGUAGCCCAUAUGUCAGGGUUGUGGCUGAUUGCUUCUAUUUGGUGUCAUAAGCUGUUUAGGGAUACUUUUUUUUAGUGUUGCACAACUGCUAAGGGUCAAUAAAUAAUUUGUACAGAU